CAUUGGUCCAGAGGUGAAAACGUCAUUAAAUCUGCUUUACGGCAAAAGCCUGACGGGAGCGUUCCAGAAAAUACCAGCUACGGAGGAAUAUUUUUCAUUCUUUUGCAACUUUCAAGAGGCGAAAAAUGAUCGAGGUGGUUUGCAACGAUCGACUUGGCAAGAAAGUCCGAGUUAAAUGCAACUCAGAGGACACCAUCGGAGAUCUGAAGAAGCUAAUUGCGGCUCAGACAGGAACACGGUAUGACAAGAUUGUUUUGAAAAAAUGGUAUACCAUAUUCAAGGACCAUGUGACUCUUGGAGACUAUGAAAUCCACGAUGGAAUGAACCUGGAGUUGUAUUACCAGUAGAUGUGAAGGAUGAGGACCACAUGCUUGUACACAAUGCAGCUGAAAGGGGGCGCCAUCUACAACGGGAAAACACAAUGUCCUAUAUGUCUGAGUGUAAUCCCUUCAGUGAAAGAUAUGUUGUUCCCAUCACGUUUCAUUUGUUUUGAUAUUUUGUAAAUAAAUGUGGUUUAUACUCAACAAAAAAUGCUUGAAUUGAAAUGU